AUGCCGACCUCUGACUGUUACAAAGCUCUGACAGUGGUGAGAAGUGUGUGUGGUUCUGUCCUGGGUUCUGUGGUUCCUUCGUCAUGUGUCUCUGUGUAUCGAGGCUUUGCUCAGUGUUUGGUGUCUCUGGGAGAUGACGUGAACAGCCAAACUGACAACGACCUCGAAAUCGACUCCAUCUGCAGAUCCUGGGAAGCCUUCGAGCGGUGUGUGAGCAGCGUGCUGUCUGAUUGCCGCGGUAACGCAGCAGAACUCUGGGAGUCUUUAAAGGCGGAGUCUCGCAGGAUGCAGUACUCAGGGAACCUUUACGAAAUGUGUGCCAGCCGUGCUGUGACAUCUCCUCAGACCCCACCCACUACUGAUCAGACCAAUCAGGAGUCUCUGAAAGGCAGAGGUGUAAGCAGUGUCCAUGCCGGUGCUGUGUGCGUGUUCCUGGUUUGUGCGUUCUGUGAAAUGAUUUGGUUUAUUUAG